CUUCUGUUCUGUCUGAUGCAGCGGCCGUGUCAAAUCAAACAAUCGGUUACAAAAUCCGAUACAUUCGCGUAGUUAGUCGAAUAAAUUCGUUCGGCAUUAAUUACGAUCUUCGUGUUUUUUCUUGAAAAUUAAACUGUGUUUUAUAAAAAGUGAAAUUGAUCUAAAGUCAGUUUUGUGUUUGGCCUAGUACGAGUAAAAGUAAUGGCCCCGAGCAAAAAUGCAGCUGGUGGGAGAAAAAAAGCCGCCAACGGCUACCAGAUGCCAGCUCCGGUGCCUCUCGGUACGAUUCUAACCGAUAUGUCCAAGCGUCAAUGGAAAACAGGACCUUCAAUCGGCAGCGGCGGGUUUGGUGAGAUCUACUGCGCUUGCGACGCCGGGUCCAGUGUGAAGAAAGCAGAAGACUACCCCAACGUUGUAAAAAUUGAACCCCAUGGAAAUGGUCCACUAUUUGUAGAAAUGCACUUUUAUAUGCGCAACGCUAAGCAAGAUGAAAUCGAAAAGUUCAAGAAAGCCCAUGGUCUAAAACAUCUGGGAAUGCCUUAUUUCGUGGGUAACGGAUCUCACGAGCUGCAAAAUCUGAAACAUCGAUUUUUGAUAAUGCCUCGUUACGGUACCGAUUUGUGGGGCAUUUUUCUUAAGAAUAAUAAACGCUUUCCAUUGCACACAAUCUAUCGAAUAGCCUUACAGAUGAUAGAUGUACUGGAGUAUAUUCACGAAUGUUCGUACGUUCACGCUGAUUUAAAAGGAGCGAAUAUUCUGCUCGGAUUUGGUAAGGUGGCCAGUAAACAGCAACUGUUUCUGGUUGAUUUUGGUCUCGCCAGUCAUUACACAAACAAGGAUUUCAAACCGGACCCGAAGAAAAUGCACAAUGGAACUAUUGAAUACACAUCGAGAGAUGCCCACCAAGGAGUUCCAACAAUGCGUGGUGAUAUGGAGAUUUUAGCGUAUAAUCUAGUACAAUGGGCAGGGACGUUACUACCAUGGGAAGCGGAAAAACUACUUGGCAACCCGAAUAAAGUUCAAGAAUCCAAGGAUAAGUACAUGAAGGAUGUGAAUGGAUUUAUGAAAUAUUGCUUCAAGAAGGAAAUACCUAAACCGUUGCACGAAUAUACUAAAUAUGUUGCGUCGUUGAAAUUUGAUGAAAUGCCAGACUACAAGAAAUGCAGGAAGUUAUUUGAGGCAGGUCUCAAGGAGCAGGGGAAACCGAAUUCCGGUGAUUUAGAGUUUGAAAUCAAUUCAACAAAAGUUGGUAUUUCUAAGAAACAAAUAUCGGUUGCUGAUUCAACAGAAUCAUCUGGACCAAUGGCUCGGCCACGUGGAAAAGUUGCUAAAGUUAUCAGUACCUCACCGGAUACUACAUCUCAACCGGAAGCUGUCAAACGAAAACCAGAGACUCCUUCGAAACCAGUUCAGAAGAAGAAGAAAAAUGUGGUUGUAGAUUCACCUGAACCCGCCGUGGCCAGUAACAGAACUUCAACCCCCUCAUCAGAAGUAAUUUCAACCAAACUUUCCUCCAUGGAACAAACUGGCUCUAUCAGACUGGCCACCAAUGGUAGUGGUAACACGCCGAGAUCUAGUAGUAAAGCUAAGAAAACGUAUGCCUUUAAUUUUGAACUAGAUGUUAGUAUUGAUGCCGAUGUCAUUGUAAAUGUCCGACGUAAGAAAAAAGACUCGGCCACUCCAAAGCGAACGCCUACCUUAUUCUCAACGUUAUCUGAGCAAAGGUCCGCUCGUAAAGAACCAACACCAGCGCCUACACCCUCGCCAGCAAAACGUCCUCGGCGGCAGAAUGCCUCAUACCAAACGAAUAGUUCCGCAGAGAAUAUCAGUGUGAUAUCACUCAACACAACCGAGGAACAUUCGUCCGUUCAGCCGGAUGACGACACGGUGCCCAAUAGUGAUCCGAACACUCCAGAACCUCGCUACAAUGCUUCUCGAUCCAUUAUCCAAACACCGCAGCGAGGGCGUAAGGCAGCUCCGUUGGCUCGAACCAAAGCCCAGCUCGGCGAUGCUGUCCGUGCUGGCGAGUACAAAGGAAAGAAAGCUAAAUCCUAAUUAAUGUACUGUAUGAAUCACGUGGUAUUUCCCGUUGGACAAAAUGAGCAGCCAGUUGUCAUUCAAUUACUUGUUUACUGUCUUAUUUUAAAUCGUAUUUAAAAUUAAUGCCACUAUUGUACUUGUUAAUUUACAUUUAAUAAAUUGAAUAUUCCCGUUGGUGC